AUGCUGCCGGUGCACUCGCCUGCCUCGCGUACCGGGACGAUCGCGUCGCCGAUACGUUUUUCGGGAAACCGCGCCUCGGGCUCAAACCCUGCCCAGGGUCCCAACGUAGGAGGCGGUCCACUCGGGGCCACGGGCUCAAACCCGGACCAGGGUCCCAGCGCAGGAGGCGGUCCACCCGGGGCAGCGCAGUACAGCUCACGCUGGCCAACGCGUUCACCGACCCGCCUUUCCCGCAGCGACGCCUUCGCGUCGCCUCCCGCUGCUGCGCAGUCGGUGUCGUCGACCUCGGUUCCCAGGGACGCGCAGCCGAACCCGAUCUACGUGGAAAUUGAAACGGAGCCGACGCCCAGGGGAAACGAGUCGGCGCCGCUGCUCCCAGGAGUCGAGCUGCGCAUUCAUGGCACCUCCGGAAGAGUGGCUCCAGAAGCUCCAGCAGAAGUGCCAGCCCAAGCAAAAGUUACUCGGGCAGCCGACGAUGGGGCGUCGCGUUCUGGUCGGGUUCCCCGCUCCGCGAAAGUGGAGCGCCGAGUGGCUUCCUACUGGGUCCUGGGGCUGACCGUGGUCUCCCUCCUGUCCGCCAGCGCGCUCGUCAUGACGCUCAUCAACAGGGGCUACGUGGGAGGGCUGUCCGGAUACAGGCGAACCACGGGCACGUCAGGGGGACCGCGCGGAAUUCAGACCGACGAGCCGCUGCCCGGCGACCCCAAUUUCAAGGGCUGCGUGUUGUGCGUCCAAUUUUCGAUCUUCGUGCUUCUUCCGCUGCUGCUGGCGACUGCUCUAGCCGUGGCCCUGCUGCUGGGCGAAGCGGCUCCAGUGGUCCACGACAUGCUUCCCGACCCCACUGGCACCACGGAGGAGACUCUGGCAGACAGCGCGACUACCAACGCGCCGCCCUCGAAGGCCAUCACGCUCGCAGCCAGUGGUCCAAGGGCCGAGAUGGUCCUCAGCUGCACAAACUGCGAGUCUCGACGGCCACUGGGAGCUCGGCUGGUCUGGCGCACGGCGCCUGGGCAACCGCCGUCCGGUGCGGGAGGCGACGACGAGUCCUUUCUGUGGGACUACCCGGACAUUGUAAUGGACGUGCCUGGCACCUGGACGCUCUGUCCCAGGCUCAACGUGCUCGUGCCCACGGCGCCCGAGCGCAGGGCGCAGCGGAGCGCCAUUCGCGCCACCUGGGGCUGGCUGGACCAGUACCCCAACUGCACCCUGCGCGUCGUCUUUCUCCUGAGAUUACCGCCCGGACGCAAGGAGCUCGCCGCCAUCCAGAAGGAGUACGAAGCAUUCAAGGACAUAGUGGCCGAGAAACAGGAAUUCGGCGUGCGUCCGCAGCCGUCCUCGACGGCGGCGCUGAUCGUCGAGUGGGUGCCCAUGCACCUGCACGGACUGCAGUGGGCCGUGCGCGUCACGGACGACACGCACGUGCGCGUGCUCGCGCUGCUGGACGUCCUGGACCGCUGGGCGCCCGGACCGCGCGUGUUCGGCCGCGCCUCGGCGGACCGCGGUCACCUGGAGGGCUGCGCGUACGCGGCCAAGUCCGAAGACUUCCUGCGCCUGCAGCCGGCGUUCGGCAGCGGGAGCCCGGACCAGGACGAGGGUCUCUUGGUCACGGGGCUUCUGGCUCGCCGGGCGGGACUAGUCCCGACGCACCUGGACGGCGUCGGACCGUGCGGUGACGGCGAGGCGGCCGCGGUCGUGAAGGAACGCUUUCGGACCGGCAACUUCUCCGCGACCUACCUGACGAUGCGAGGACUGUCGCCUGAACAGAUGGCCGUACUCCAUCGCGGCCUGCAGCGUCUUGCGCGCUGAUGCAGUAUACGAAUGCGCGACCGGAAUGCAUUCGGGUCGUGCAGCGACCCCUUCAUUUG